ACGUUUUUACAACUUGACUUGACAGAACUCUCGAAUGUGCCUUUUGAAGGGAUAACAAGUGUCAUAUAAAAAUCAGAAUUAGUACAGGAUAUGUCUAAAGUCGUGGAGGGAGUUCAGAAUGCACCAGAUGAAAAUCACAAGGAGGACGAGUUAUCGACCAGAACAUUUGAGUCACGUUUUGAGUGCCCGAUUUGUCUCUCCUGCAUGAGGGACCCGAUCCUGACGACCUGCGGCCACAGGUUCUGCUCGAAAUGCCUCCACAAAUGGCUCGAAGAGAAGAGCAACAGUUGUCCUGUGGACUCGACACCCCUGAAACCAGAGAACGGAGAUCUCUUCCUCGAUCGUUACACAAAGAGGGAGAUAUCUCAGUACAAAACCAAGUGCCCUUAUCAACAAUUUGGAUGCACUGUCGAGUUGAGCCCUAUUGAUAUGGAUGGGCACAUCAAUGAUUGCGAGUUCAAGAAGAACGUUGCCAGGGGUGAGAAGAUUGACUGUGAUUUCAAGCAUGUUGGGUGUGGAGAGUCCUUCGAGGACAGGGAUGACAUGGAAAGGCACCUGGAGGCCAAUCACAAUUGUCAUCUGAUGAUGAUGGGAAAGACAAUGACGCAGAUGAUCAUCAAUCAGUCCGACGUGAACAAAAAAGCGAGAGACUCGAAGCUCUGGGAUCCACCACCGAAAAAUAAUGGACAAUUAGAACCUGAUAAUAGUCAUACAAACGUGGAACAAUUACUCAAAGAUCUCUAUGAGAGGAUUGUCGUGCUAGAACAGCAGAAUCGCGAGCAGUCGAUCAUAAUCUCCAACCAGAAGGCGACAAUAGCCACGAUCCAAGAUUCCCUCACUUCGCUUCACGAGCGGUCCCUGAAGAAUUGUAAUGGAAUUUACAUCUGGCGAAUAGACAAUUUCAGCCAGAAACUGACGGAGAUGAUGGGAGAGUCAAGAAUGUUUUACACUGACGAGUUUUACACUCAUGAAAAUGGUUACAAAGUCCGGGGGAGAAUAAAUAUAUCUAUGGAGAAUAUGGACAGAUUAUCGAUCGUUCUGCACUUCGUGCCAUCGGAGAACGACGACGCCCUGGAUUGGCCGUUCGUCGGAGUUAUGUCGUUUAUUCUGGUGCAUCCUGAGGACUCGGAAAAGUCCAUCAGGGCGAGGGCGUACUCUGUACCCAACGUGGAGGCUUUCAAGAGACCAGGAACAGAGAUGAAUAAGAGGAGUUUUGGUUACCCUGAGUUUAUAUCUCUUCACGAUUUGCCCAACUUCACCAGUAACGAUCGAUUGAUUUUUAGGAUUGAAGUUAAGGCUUCGGAUGGAUUGGAGAACGAGCCCGAAUUCUGUGAUAGAAUUGCGUGAAGAGAAAAACAGCUGUUGGAUUUUAAAAAAUUUCUGUUGAACUACCACUAGAGUUUUUAAUUGCAUUUCGUCGGAAAUCGGCUGAUCGUUCAUUAGUUUUCACCGAUUUUUAUAGAUAAUUCAGUAUUUUUUUAUACCACUCUCACACGAAUCUCCCUAGAAUAUUUCCAGAUUCAUCAGACGAAUCAUGAACUCACAAGAAAUAUUUAAUGAGCAAUUAUGUAGAUAAUAAUAAAUGUGGAAAUUAUGACGAGUUGAACAAUAAUAAAAAAUUUGUAUUAUUUA